AGCCCAGCCCAGACAAAGUCGCGAGAACCACCAGGUCGCGCACCUCCAACCCGAGAUCGGCACCACCGGAUCCCCUUCCCCUCCGCCGCCGCACCUCGUCGUCGCCGGUGACGAUGAUUCCGCAGAGCCAGAGCAGCUCCCUGCAGCGCCUCCACCACGUAGAGAAACGGAUUGUGCGGGUGCUGGAGCUUGCGGGGGCGGUGAUGGAGGAGCUGGGAAACUCUCAGGGUCCGCGCACCGAUGCAGUCGGCGCGCACUGCCGCGAGUUCAUGCUCGCCAUGAAGGAAAUUCAAACUACUUUGCGUGAGGAGAUCAAGAGUGCUUGUGAAUAUCGUCCGUUUGAAAAGUGUGAUUACAGCGCAAGGAUUGCUAAUGAGAUAUGUUGUAAGAAGCUGGAGUAUGUAAUUGAGAAGUUGGAUAUUGUGCAACAGAACCUUGAGCAGAGUAAUGAUGAUGUUUAGCGAGCUGCCUACAUAUUGGUUUGGGAGCAACAUACACAUAUAUCUGAUCGAGCAGUAUAUGGAAGGAAUGUAGAAGCUUUCUAUCAACUUAUAAUAGCAGGAAGCUUUGCUCAACUCUAGGACUUCAACUAUUGGUUUGUUUGCAGUGCAUUCUUCGGGGACAGGGUUCUUAGUUUCAGCUGCAGCUGUGCAGAACAGCUUCAUGCUAAUGCCCAAUAGCACCAGUCUUGGCUCGAGAAGCAUAGCUGUAUCAUCCUUGGGCUUAAAAUGAGGGAUGUUAAUGCACUGUUAACUGAUGAGGAUUUGUUUUUCUGUAUCACAUACACUUGCUUCAUCCUUAAAACAUGCCUUUUGCUUUAUUGUUAACUCAUUCUUGUGUGUUGCUGAUGGUUUGUCAUCCACAACAUUCGUAGUUCAUCAGGUUUAAACCGCUUUUCAUACUGUGAUGGUUUAGUCUAUUUUAGAGCAGGUAAAACAUAGGUAAACCAUUUAUCUGCCAAUAAACUUGAAGUCUAUGGCUUAUAGAAAAGGAUUGGGUAUGCCGCCACAUCGACCUCUUAGAGAUUUAUAUUCGAUUCUAUAACUUUCAAUGUAAUCUUUGGAGUGCUUUUUUUUAAAAAAAAAAAACCCUGCAAGCUUGUUCUUUAAUGAAGCCACCAAUCAGGUGAACAACAUGCCCAAUUCAAGGGUGGAGAGUCCUGUUGCAUGUGAGCUCAAGGGGUGUGGUGGACACAUGAUGCUAGCAGACACUCUUAAGGUUAUAUGUGACAUUUACAACAAGUGUCUUAGGGAAUUAACUUCUGCCAAAGAGGGAAAGGACCACCAGGUGGAUUCAGAAGAGAAUGGGUGGGAAAGCCGCAGGGACACUGCUGCUCUUAAGAGAACUUAGUGAAGGCUCUUCAGGGCUCACUCAGGGCUAUGGAUGUUAUGCAUACUUCGACCACUUGACUAGAGAGUUCUGCAGCAGCAGUUGCGGAGAAUGGAAGCCCAAGCAUUAGAGCUAGCGGCCAACCUCCAAACAUGUGCCCAUGUAA